AUGCUAUGCUGUAUUAGAUUAUUACCAAAUUACUUGUUUUCGCCACAACAAUUGAUGUCGGGAAUUAUUUACGAUUAUUUCGUACUCAAUGCAUUAUUUGAAUUAGCAAAUCUAAGAAUAGCUGAUAUAAUUAAAGAAGAAGGAGGCAAAGUAUCUGUGAAAAGGUUAGCCGAAUUAACUGAUACAAAUGAAAAAAUUUUAGGCAGAUUAUUACGAGCGGUAUCAACAAAAGGAAUCUUUUAUCAUCAUGGUAUUGGGAUAUAUUCGAAUAAUCGAAUGUCUUCGGUGUUAAGAAAUGAUCAUCCAAAUAGUGUCCUGCAAAUUAUUGAGGCAGAAGAAUUCUUUAAGGUCGCUAAUAACAUUGGUGCGGCAUUAGAAUAUCCAAAUAAUUGGGACGAUAUUGAUGGUGAUUUGAACAACAAUGAGGUUAAAAUGGAAGAAUUGGUCACCCCUUGGAUGAAAACUUUUGGUAUCGAUUUAUGGGAAUAUUAUUCUUUGCCUGAAAACAAGUAUAAAUUAGAAAAAUUCAAUCAAGCUAUGGUUUACCCGAAUAAAUUUAUUGGCAAUGGUCCAUUUAUCGAUUAUGAUUGGGGAUUAAAUGAAAAUUCAACAGUUGUUGAUGUUGGUGGUGGAAAUGGCGGAACGAUAGUAAAAUUAUUAAGUCAAUAUAAAAAAACCAAAGGAAUCAUUUUGGAUCUUGAUGUAGUGAUCGAACAUACUCGAAAGGUAUUGAAGGAAAAUAUACAUAAAGAACUUUCAGAUCGAGUUGAAUUCUUUCCGGGAAGCCUCUUUGUGGAUCCACCACCGAAAGCGGACGUUUAUUAUUUAAAAUUGAUUUUACAUGAUUGGAGUGACACCUCGGCCAUUAAAAUUCUUAAAAAUCUUCGAUCAGCGAUUUCUCCUUCAGGUCCUCCAACAAAAUUAGUUUUAUUAGAAAUGAUUAUGGAUGAACCAAUACGUGACAAUUACCUUACUCAGAUGGAUUUAUCGAUGUUAUGCACAUUUCUUGGUAAAGAACGAACAACCCAAGAAUUUAUAAAUAUUUUAAAGAAAAGUGGAUGGAAAUAUGUUAAAAGCGUAAAUACUCGAGGUUAUAUUAGCGUUAUUGAAGCCGGCUAG